GUUUUGCAGUUUUAAUUACAAUGGAUUCUAACUUAGCCCUGUCCCUCUUUUUCUACUGUACUUUUCCCUUCCACUCAACUUUCUGCUAAUAUUUUUAGUUGAAGCACUCUCUGCACAACCUUUGGGAAAACACAACCAACCAGAUCCCGCAAUAGAACAAGGUGGUGGUAGAUUUGCACUCCAAAAACAGUGGUGCUUGUCAAGGUGGAUUAGGUUACGAAGAGACUAAAAAAACCAUUCAGUUCUAAUACCAGUCAAAUUACCACUUUUCAUGGCAAUUUUGUUUUUUACCAUCCCAGUGAGUUCAAGUAUACACACAUCCAAAUCACCAAAAGAUUGACUUCAACAGAAGAAGAGUAAAGGGUUGGAACGGCUUAGUCAGAGUUCAGGGCUAAAUCUGGAUUUGGAGAACAUUAGCAAGGUUGCGCUCAUCUUUAUUGCUCAGCCCCGCCUUCGUCAUGUCGCUGCUGACCCACGUGCUGGCGUGCCUUUUCGGCAUGGGCUCCUGGGUGGCCAUCAACGGGAUGUGGGUGGAGCUUCCCCUGGUUGUCCAAGAGAAGGCCCCCGAGGGCUGGCUGCUGCCCUCCUACCUCACCGUCCUCAUCCAGAUGGCAAACGUAGGUCCUCUCUUCAUCACUCUGAUGCACCGCUUCCGGCCAGGCGCGCUGGACGAGCGGCCCGUCAUCUACUCCAUCGUGGGUUUGGGGAUCGUGGCCACCUUCCUGCUCGCGUUCUUCUGGAGGCACACGGUGAUGAUAGCUGGCUCCCUGCGCAGCGUACCCCUGCUGGUUUUGAGCUUCCUGCUGUCUGUGGUGGACUGCACAUCGUCCGUCACCUUCCUGCCUUUCAUGAUGCGUCUGCGUCCGGAGUAUCUCACUACGUACUUUGCGGGCGAGGGCCUCAGCGGCCUGGUGCCCGCCAUGGUGGCGUUGAUUCAGGGUGUGGGGGUAGCCCACUGCGAAAACACCACUUCAACUGCAAACUCGUCGGCUCCCAACUCCAGCUGGGUGAGCGGCGGCGGGCUGCAAUCCGUCUACCAGCCUGCUAAAUUCUCCGUCGAGGUUUUCUUCGUUUUUCUCAGCGCUAUGAUGGUUGUGUGCCUGGUAGCCUUCAUCCUGCUCAACCUUCACCCGGCCGUGGCUCGCGAGAGGAAGAGCGACCGAUACUUUAGUCCAGAUCUGGAAACGGAGAAGAGGGAUCCAGGCUUCUCUCUGCAUGCCCAAGCACCAGAGCAGAAGCCAAUGAUCAGCCCUAGAGAGGCCGCCGGGAAAGAAUCAAAGGGUUCGUUUGGAAAGGGGACAUACAGCAACUUGGAAGUGGUGUUCAUCUUUGUUGUCCUCGCAUGGGUCAACGCUCUGACCAAUGCAGUUUUGCCCUCCGUGCAGACGUACUCCUGUCUGCCCUAUGGGAACAAAGCCUACCAUCUGGCUGCCACCAUGGGCGCUGUUGCUAACCCUGUGGCCUGCUUCAUUGCCAUGUUUGCACCAGUGAGGUCUCUUAUCUUUAUGGGGAUUCUGACAGUUUUCGGGACUGGUUUUGGAGCCUACAUUAUGGCCAUGGCAGCUAUGAGUCCCUGUCCUCUACUGGUCCACUACGCCUCUGGAACCGUUGUCAUUGUGCUGGCCUGGAUCCUGUUCGUCCUCUGUCUCUCUUACGUGAAGGUCAUCAUUGGGGUCAUACUGAGAGACGAGGGGCACAGUGCCCUCGUGUGGUGCGGUGCCGUAGUGCAGCUGGGCUCCAUGCUCGGCGCCGUGUCCAUGUUUCCGCAGGUCAGCAUCUACGGACUUUUCACUUCUGGCGAUCCCUGCAACACUAAGUGUCCGUUGUAGACGAUAAACGCGUUUGCGUUAAACACUGAUGUACGACCUUUGGGGUAGAUUGCACUUAAUUUCGUAGCACUGAGCUCAGUUCACUCAUGAGUUUUGACAUAUUCCAACUAGCUUUGGGAGAGCUGAGAGGUUGCAGGUGACCUUUCCCACUCCUCUAUUUAUGUCUGUUGAUUUAUUUCUAUUUAUUGAAGUAUGGAGUGAGCGUUACAAACGGCUCAAGUCACAGCCACAUGGUCAGUUCUCAACAGACCAAAGAAGACCAAAUCGCAGAGUAUUUUUUUAAACAUGUUUGCAAUUCCUCAUCAAUAGAAAGAUUGCUUUACUUGAACUUUUAGUGUGAUGUGAAAGUGUUGUCACUGCUUCUGUAAGAACAUACGAAACUUUUAGCUUUAAAAUGUGCCUUAAUGCUAGGUGAUGAAAGAAUCCAAAGUCUGGUUACCGUAUUUUCCGCACUAUAAGGUGCACCACAUUAUAAGGCGCACCUUCAAUGAAUGGCCUAUUUUAAAACUUUU